CUAGGAAAUCGAGCCUGUCGUUCUAUAACGUACGUCCAAGCUGCUUGAGCCAAUGAAGCACACGGGUCGAGAGGAUUGACGCGCUCGCUUUCGUCCCUUUGAUCGGAUAACACAACAUCGCGUACAACACAGCUCAGCUCGUAACUCCCACAAGAUCCAGCUUUUGGAAGUCCGAUCAAGAUCUGGAUUUGGAAAGAACAAGGAGAUCAUAGGCGUCUCAAACACAAUCAGAUAGAAGCAAAGUAAAAGCGAAGCAAACAGACAAGAUGUCGGUCGAAGUCUCUCCUAGGGAUUAUCUCGGGUUCCGCCGCCCGUUCAACAACUCGGUCACCUCCUACCUCAAACUCCGGAACCCGCACCAUAAACCCAUCGUCGUCAAGAUCAAGGUCACCAGCCCGAAGGCUUAUUGCGUGAGGCCGAAUUCGAGCAGGAUCGAGCCAGGGGAGAGCUUGGAGAUUUCUGUCAUCUUGCAACCGAUGAAGGAACAGCCUCCUCCUCACGCCAAGUGCAAAGACAAGUUCCUCGUCUGUAGCGCCGAGAUCCCGGUCGAGAAGGAGAGCAUGGCUUUGACUGAUUACUGGUACGAGCUGGAAAAGACGGACAAGUCCAAAAUCCAGGAACACAAGUUGAGGGUCGCGUAUAUUUCGGAUACCGAGACGAUCCCGGAGAACAGUGUUGGGGAUGUCAGUAAAUGGGCCGACGAGACGCAGAACGCAGGAUUUGCUUCGCCUUCGACUUCGAGGAUGAUCUCAGGGGAUGCCUCCACCCCAACCGCUACCCCGAAGGCGAACGGCGCCGUCCACGCUCCUCUGCCUUACCCCGCCACUCCCAUCCACGUCACCAACGUUCAGACCCAAAACGCUCCUGCUCCCGCUCCUAUCUCUGCCUCUUCGGGACCGACGGCUGGGGGUGUUCCUCAAUCCACCUACGAUCCCGCUAACGUGGCGAAAUCAUUGGCCGGACCGGGAACCCUGUCGACUCCUUCGAAAUCCAGCAACUCGGUACCUCGAGCCGAGAUCAACUCGUUGCCCACUAACGGUAACAACCAGGGCGCCGGAUCAUCGCUCGUCCAGACGGCAGAGGAGCAGCUCGCCCUCGCUCGAGCUCAGAUCACUUCGCUGCAGAACCAGCUCGCCAGCUCUGACCUGGGUCAGAAGGUCAAGGGCGCUGUCGGAGACGCCCAGGCCAAGGCGGCUCAGGUCGUUCCGGCUCAGGUGUCCGAGAACAUCGAGGGGUACCAGUUGACAGUCGUACUCGCCGUCGCCUUUGCCGCAUUCUCCAUCGGGUACUUGUGGCAACACUUUGGUUGACCUUGAGCAGUCAAGAUCGCCUUCUCCAUUUUCCUUUCUUCGUCACUUCCACCCCCUAUCGCCUCUACGGUUUUCUUGUUAUAUAUAUAUUCCUUCCUAUUUGCCAUAGUAGCCCGGCCGCGCCCUUGUCUUUGGCGGAUUUUCUCCUUCGAUGUGUUUCCGUUUGUAAGCGUCGAGCGGAGCAUAUACAUAAAGCGGUGGCGCAAUGAUUUCGAGAUGUGGUGCUCGGGAGGAACUGCUCAGAUCCCUGAUGUAUUUCGAGACCCUACUAUACUCUUCACUUUCGCG